AUGGCUCUCCAAAUGAGAAGGAGUGAGGAAACUGAGAGUGAUGAGGAAGGAGAAGAGGUGAACCAAUUGGUUGAUGAAGAUGACCAAGAGGGGAACCAAGAUGAGCCAAUGGAAGAGGCUGAGGAAGAGCAAGAGGAGGAUGAGCUCCCCAUGUACCAAGAGCACUACAAUGCUCUCUUCUCCAUGGACUUUGUGGAGACCAAGUACCCACACGAUGACACCAUGAGGCUUGGAUCUUUGAGGAUGUGGAGUUGGUGCUCAAGAACAUGCAAUUGGCCAAGUUCUUCUCUCACCGCAUGGAGUCUUACAAGGAGCUCACUUGAAGAAGAACUCCAAAGAGUUGGGCUACAAUCGCUGAGGGGUACUCUUCCUCAAGGUCCAAGGCUGCCAGAUCAGGAAGUCCCAGUGCUUAGAUAUGUCCACAAGGCUCUUGCAAACACCUUCUUUGCAAGGAAAGCCACUGGAACAAUCAAUGAGGGAGAAGUGAAGCUCCUUGACAUGGGAAUCAAGCCCAUCAUCUCACGCACAAGGAUGGGAAGAAGGAUCAGAGGAGAUAGGCACACGCAGGGAACUCAUGCCUCUCCUUGA